AUGCCGUCGACAACCACAACCACAACCACGACAAAACCCACCUCCACCUCCACCUCCACCGCAUACCCUGUGUCCGUCCCAAAAAAAAACCACGACACCAUCCUCCACGCCCUUUCCACCAAGAGCCACUCGACCGCCACACUUGCCCAAAACAAGUACCGAAUCGGCACCCCAACGGCACCGCCACCAAACCCGCAGGGCACCAAGAAACACACUGCCCUCGCCAUCGACUGCGAGAUGGUCGGCAUCGACCCCCGAAACACCGGCUACCUAGGCCAAGUCGUGGCCAUCGACGUGCUGAGCGGCAAGACCGUGCUCGACAUCUGCGUGCAGCCCCCCGUGACCGUCCGCAACUGGCGCAGCAAAUCGAGCGGGCUGUCUCCCGCUGUUUUCAAGGAGUAUAAGAGGCGCGGGAAGCUUGUUUCCGAGAUAAAGGGUGCAUAG